CAAUGUUGUGUCACGGGGGGCCAGGCGGGUGUCAGCCCGGCGCUGUCACGUGAGCCGCGGUCGGCGGUCGCCAUGGGCUGCUGCUACAGCAGCGAAGGGGAGGCCUCGGAGCAGGAGGAGGAGACAAAGCGGCUGCUGGAGCCGGACCCCAGCCCCCCCAACAAGGCACUGAACGGGGCUGAGCAGAGCUACCACAACCUGCCCUCGGCGCGCACGGACGAGCAGGCCAUGCUGUCCUCCAUCCUCGCCAAGACUGCCAUCAACAUCAUCGACGUGUCGGCUGCGGACUCACAGGGCAUGGAGCAGCACGAGUACAUGGACCGGGCACGGCAGUACAGCACCCGCCUGGCCAUGCUCAGCUCCAGCCUCACGCACUGGAAGAAGGCUCCGGCUCUGCCAUCUCUCACCAACCAACCCCACCAGGUCCUGGCCAGUGACCCCGUCCCCUUCGCAGACCUGCAGCAGGUGUCCCGGAUAGCUGCCUAUGCCUUCAGCGCGCUGUCCCAGAUCCGCGUGGACGCCAAGGAGGAGCUGGUGGUGCAGUUCGGCAUCCCCUGAGCUAUGGGGCCGCGGUUGGGGCUUUAUGGGUUGGAUUCCCCCUUUCUGUUGUCCUUUCCCCCCCCUCCCCACGCCGGGAUCUGGGGUUCCUGGUGCUGCUCCGGGGUGGGGGGUGCUUGGCCUGGCGCAGGGAUCACCACAAAGGGAAUGCUGCCGGAAUGCUGUGUCCGGGGGGGGGAGGGGGCACCGACCCCCCCUUUGCCCCCCCCGUUUUUCCAUGGAUUUGGGUUUUUUACCUGUUCCUGGCACCGCUCAUAAACCCGUGUGCAGGC